AUGGCAAGUUACUAUGAAAUGACAAAUUUUCAAGCUUCGAUGACAGUCCAACAACAACCACAAGAAAUAAAGAAUGUAUUUGGCAUAAAUUCUGGUGAACAUAUUUUGAAAACCUAUGAAUGUGAUGAAACAUGUUGUGGAUGCGGUGACAAGUAUACAGUGACACUAACAAAUACAAGGCUUAUUCAAAGACGUAAAAGCAAAAGUUGCUGUUGCAGUUGUGGUCGUAUUGAUUCCAUGCUUUUUCUAUCUGAUAUUAGUACUGUAGAUUAUGGAGCACGAAGUUGUCUUAAUCUCUUAUGUUCAUAUGGGUGUAGUUUUCUAUGUCUUAUUUAUUGUUGUGCUUGCUGCUGCAACAUAGGUGCACCGAUUUCUUUUCGUGGAGGAUAUGGAGAGCAAAUGUUUACAUUUAACAGGAAGGAUCUAGCCGAUGCAUUAGUAGAUGUUCCAAAUGCAGCAACGCCUCAAAAAGCAUCAUGUAACAAUUAUCUAAACGCACCUUCCCCAAGUGCUCCAAUAGCGACUAAACCAAAAAAAAAGAAGAAAUAA